ACAAAUAUUGGUAUGUUCCGUUGAGGAAAACUCUUAUUGAAGAAGAGAGGGUUCCAUACUCAUUUUAGGGUUUUAGACUUUCCACCACUGUUGGAGCCGCACUUCCCGUUCUCAACCUCUCAUUUCUCACCAUGCCCAAGUCUAAGCGCGACAGACCUGUUACCUUAUCAAAGACAAAGAAGAAAGGUAGGGAACAUAAAGAAGCUGUUGUAAAUUCCAUAAGGAAAGCUGUGGAGGAGUACAGUUGGAUAUAUGUAUUCUCUUUCGAGAACAUGAGAAAUCUCAAAUUUAAGCAAUUUCGAGAGCAGCUUAAAGCAAAUAGCAGAUUUUUCCUUGGAUCCAACAAAGUCAUGCAAGUUGCUCUAGGUCGAGCCGCGUCUGACGAAAUCAUGCCAAACAUUUACAAAGUCUCCAAGCUUCUGCGUGGAGAUGCUGGACUUCUCUGUACCAAUUUACCAAAAGAAGAGGUUGAAAGGAUAUUUAAUGAAUACGAGGACUAUGAUUUUGCAAGAACAGGAAGUGUUGCUACAGAAACGGUGGAGCUUAAAGAAGGCCCUUUGGAACAGUUCUCCCAUGAGAUGGAGCCAUUUUUGCGUAAACAGGGGAUGCCUGUUCGUUUGAACAAGGGUACCAUUGAGCUUGUUGCAGACUACGUUGUUUGUGAGGAGGGGAAGCCUUUGUCACCCGAGGCAUCUCGCAUAUUGAGGUUAUUGGGGACCAAAAUGGCUACUUUUCGACUUCACUUAAUUUGCAGAUGGAGUCCUGAUGAUUUUGAACUCUACAUUAAAGGAACGGAAGAUUCAGAUGUCGAGACUUCUUAAAGCCUUGAAGCAAAGUUUUGGUUGUUAUCCUAGUUUUAAUAUGUUCGAGUAUAAAUUAUUGUCAAGUUGGAAUACUAAAAUACUGAUCAAGAAUUUUGUUUUAUUAUUUUUCUCACAUCCUGUGGAAAGAUGUGCAUGUAUCGAUAAAAUUUGCAGUUAGUGACCAUAGUUUUAAUCUCCUU